UUUAUCCAUGGGUGGUGGCCCUCCGUCUCGCCCCACGCCUUUAUGAAUCCUAUGGCAGGUUGUACGAAGACAGCCAGCUCCUGAGGCAGCGCCGCAACGGAGAAGAGCGGAGGACUCCAAGCUACACACUCCGGGGAUGGACGCUCUCUCCUCCUCCGCUUUCCUCCGUAUCUCCGCCGUUAGAACCGAAGAGAAACCUCCUCGCCCCACAAUUCACCAACCUCGUAAGCCAAAAACCACCACCACCACUACGACCACAACCCAGCCCAAACCGGAGAAGAGCAGGAGCCCCAGGAUCUCUCCGCCCCCACCGCCAUCAAUCCCAGCGGCCCUGUGCAACGCUAUCGACGACCUGAUCAACAACUUCAUCGAUCCGGCGGCCCACCGCCCCUCCGUCGAUCCUCGGCACGUCCUCUCCGAUAACUGGGCCCCCGUCGGCGAGCUCCCCCCGACACCCUGCCCCGUAGUCCGCGGCCGCAUCCCCAGCUGCCUCGCCGGCGGGGCCUACAUCAGCAACGGGCCCAACCCCCAGCAUCUCCCCCGUGGGCCCCACCACCUAUUCGACGGCGACGGCAUGCUCCACUCCCUCCUCCUCCCCUCCAUCUCGGCCACCGGCGACGCCCUGCUCUGCUCGCGUUACGUCCGCACAUACAAAUACCUCCUGGAGCGCGAGGCCGGCGGCCCGGUCCUCCCGAGCGUCUUCGCCGGUUUCCACGGUGCCGGCGGGAUCGCACGCGGUGCGGUGACCGCCGCCCGGGUGCUGACGGGGCAGAUGAAUCCCCUGGAGGGCGUGGGGCUGGCCAACACUAGCCUGGCCUUCCACGCCGGCCAACUCUACGCCCUGGGUGAAUCGGACCUCCCCUACGCCCUCCACGUGGAUCCGUCCUCCGGCGAGAUCGCCACCCGCGGCCGGUGCGACUUCGAGGGGCGGCUCUUCAUGGGGAUGACCGCCCACCCCAAGAAGGACCCGGCCACCGGGGAGCUCUUUGCCUUCCGUUACGGGCCCGUGCCGCCCUUCGUGACCUACUUCCGCUUCGACCCGGCGGGGCGCAAGUCGGCGGACGUUCCCAUCUUCUCGGUGGCGAAGCCUUCCUUCCUCCACGACUUCGCGGUGACGGAGCGGCACGCGGUGUUCCCGGACAUCCAGAUCGUCAUGAAGCCCAUGGAUAUGGUGCUGGGCGGCGGGGCUCCCGUGGGGUCGGACCCGGAGAAGGUGACCCGCCUCGGGGUGCUCCCACGGUACGCCAGCUCGGAGGCCGAGAUGCGCUGGUUCGAGGUCCCCGGCCUCAACCCCAUCCACGCCGUCAACGCCUGGGAGGAGGACGGAGGCCGGACUCUGGUCCUGGUGGCCCCCAACGUGCUGUCGGUGGAGCAUGCCCUCGACCGGAUGGAACUGGUGCACAGCUGCGUGGAGAUGGUGCGGAUCGACCUCGAGAGCGGCGCGGCGACGCGGACCCCGCUGUCGGCCGGGAACCUUGACUUCGGGGUGAUACACCCGGGCUACGUGGGGAGGAAGAACCGGUACGCCUACCUUGGGAUAGGAGAUCCCAUGCCUAGGAUCUCCGGAGUGGUCAAGCUGGACCUGCAGAAAGCCGGGCGGGGGGACUGCACCGUGGCGCGGCGGGAAUUCGGCCCCGGAUGCUUCGGCGGGGAGCCCUUCUUCGUCCCGGAGGGCGACGUUGAAGAGGAGGACGCGGGGUAUUUGGUGUCUUACGUGCACGACGAGGGGAGCGGGGAGUCGAGGUUCGUGGUGAUGGAUGCGCGGUCGCCGGAGCUGGACGUGGUGGCGGAGGUGCUUCUGCCGUCCCGGGUGCCCUACGGCUUCCACGGGCUCUUCGUCACCCAGACCGAGCUGCGAUCGCAGCGCCCCCGAUGGUACUGAUAGCCUGAUCAUCAACCACCGCAGCAGUGUACGAGUUAAAUCGCAUACGAAAAAGAAUGAACAGUAGAACUCGAUUGAAUAUUUUAUAUAUUAUAUAUCUAUAAUAUUACAUACGUAUAUACACGUAUGUACGUAUCCAUAUGUAACGUUAAGAAAUUCGGCUUCUAUUUUCGGUGGGGCAUGCAUGGUGGUGGGUGUACUAUGAGUUAACGGAACAGAGGGAUGUUAGAAAUUGCGUUUGCUCCCCUCCCACCCCCACAACCCCAACAAAAAGGAGCAAGAAUUUUAUGAUGUGCCCCGUCAUCCACAUUAUAUUCAUCCUGUGAUGGCAGAGACGCAGUACGUUCCAUGGUGUCACUUGCACGUCGCAGAGAGAAAAGAAAAUCAUGUGCCUACAAACCGGAGUCUUGCAGCAUUAGCCGACAAAAUAAUCUGAAGAUCCGGUGGAAUGGAUGUCGUAGCAUCCGGUGGAGUAGACGCCCUGCAACGGUGGAUGUCUUGCACAUUUAAAUGGCCCAGGCUUGUUGGUCCAGAAAAAUUACUGUUUCUUUAGUCGUGCCCAUGCCCGGCAAAAGGCACCGGUCAGUGGUUAAGCCGCAGCCCAACUGCCCUUGACAAGCUUUCACAUUCAUCCAUCGAAAUUGACCUUUCAAAUACCAAGGGGAGGGGGUUACCACCUAAUUAUUGAGGGAUAGAAUAUGCUGAAAUGAGUUUGACACAAAAGAAAAGUCUGCUUAUGGAUGGAAAAUAUUCCACAUUACCACAUUAAUUUAUUACGACGGUCUGCUA